CAACACAAUUUGAAGGGGAACAUGGCAGCUUGCGUCUGUGCUAAACAUGGAUUGUUCAGCAGUAAAACCUCACGGAUUUACAGUUUUAGCAGAAACAUAGCACCAAAGCCUGUAUGUGUCCAAAGAGCAGCUGAAAGGCAAAGCGUGAGAGCGUCUACAAAUGCAACAGCAGCGUUUCAACACAGUGAAAAGUACUGUCUGGAUUUAGUAAGGUCCAGAGACCAUGAGGGCUUCAUCUCGUCUCUCCUGCUCCCUUUCGAAGCCCGGCGCUCCUCUCUGGCUCUGAGAGCUUUUAAUGUGGAGCUGGCACAGGUGAAGGACUCUGUUUCCCAGAAAACCAUUGGUUUGAUGCGAAUGCAGUUCUGGCAAACAGCUGUAGAGGAGAUCUACAGAGACGACCCUCCGAACCAACCAGUCAGCACCGAGCUCUGGAGGGCAGUGAGGACACACAACUUAACAAAGAGGUGGCUGCUGAGGAUUGUGACAGAAAGACACGGCGCUUCUCAGGAGGACUUCAUCCGUGGCAGCCGGGAGCAGAAAGUCCGAGACGUGGUCUACGACAUCGCUAGUCAGGCUCACGUACACCUGCAACACGCGCGAUCAUUUAAACACAGCGUUCCAGCUGCUGCCAUGCUAGCCUUCCUACAGACGGUGGUGAUAGAAGACUAUCUACACAGAGUCAGGAAAGCUGAUUUUGAUGUUUUUCAUAAGAGCCUGCAGAACAGAAACCCACUGCUCUCCUUACAGCUGUACCUCCGAUCCUGGAAGAAGACUUACUGAAUCUUCCCCCUCACUUURUUACUGUUUGAUCAAAACCUCUAUGAGAUGAAAACCUAAGACUCAUUGGAUUCUGACCACAGAAUCGGAUCUAUAAAGACAUUUAGACCCUUUUUAAAAUCAAGACCAGCUAGCAAGUUCAGCUCCUCAGUGAAAAACACAAACAGCAGCACACUGUUGUUUUCUAAACCUUUGGAUUUCCAUUUGGUGUUUGGAUUUUGUUUGAGCCAUGAAAGAAAAAAUGUGUUAACAUUUCUUUCAGAAGAGUGUGACAAUAAAAUAAAUACUCAUUUUAUUUGGA